GUUCAACCCUACGGACUAGUCGCGCGCCCUUCUCAUUUUUCUGCUUAUUGUGCAUUUGUUUAUUUAAACAAUUACCAAAUAAUUUGAUUGAAUAUCAAAAAAAAAAAAAAAUUAUCAGUACAAAAACAAUAGAAGAAUUUGAUAGCUUGAUUGAAAAAAAAAUGAUUUUUUUGGAAAUGAAUUUUUUAAUGUAAACAAUAGUGAAGAAGUGAAAUUUACUUAAGAUGAAGUAUUUUGAAAGAUCAUACAACUAAACAAAAGGUCACGAGAGUGCGCGAUAAAAAGGAGUUUGGUGAUCAGCGGGACUCUAGGUCAAACACGAGCUAAAUCAUGACCCAAAUGAAUGUGUUGGAUUCCGUAAAAGAAAAUACAAGCUUUUCACAUUAUAAAAUUAAUGUUGGGGUGGCUUUUUAUGACGUCGUUUUUCACUUUAUGGAAAAGAUAUAUUUAUUUGAAAAUUCUCUUGAUAAUAAAAUAAGAAUAAACAUUGAUACAUAUCAAAAAGAUUGUGAAAGAUUGAUAGUUAAUUAGAAUUAUCAUUCACUAUCAUAAGAAAUAAAUCUUAAAAAUCCAAGCAAUAAAUUUUAUCAUACUCUGAAUUUAGAUGCUUAAAGCAAUUGUUAUUUGUAUAAAUAUUGUUUAAUUAAAAAAUAACAUUAGUAAAUGGAUUCAAUAUUAUAUACCUUGGAAAAGAAUCAACAUUGAGGGUUAUUACACCGUUUCGAUCAUUGGUAUUGUGUGGAGAGAGCAGACAAGAGAUGGAGGAGUGGCUAGGUGGUUUCCGAAAUCCUGGUGAUAAUAAACCUCAGAGUGAACCUGGUACAGCUGAAUUUCUUGGUGGAAAUCAUCGUUGGUAUGCAACCAGUCAUGCUAGACCAACUUAUUGCAAUGUUUGCAGAGAUGCCCUUCAUGGUGUUACAUCGCAUGGUCUGAGUUGUGAAAUAUGUAAAUAUAAAGUACACAAAAGAUGUAGCCAAAAAGCAAUAAAUAACUGCAAGUGGACCACAUUAGCCUCUAUUGGAAAAGAUAUCAUAGAAGAUCAAGAUGGGAUUAUUCAAAUGCCACAUCAAUGGAUGGAAGGUAAUUUACCCGUGGCAUCAAAAUGUGCCAUCUGCGACAAAACUUGUGGAUCGGUUUUAAGACUUCAAGAUUGGAGAUGUUUGUGGUGUAGAGCAACGGUUCAUACAGCAUGUAGACCUUCUAUGAACAUUGUAUGUCCACUUGGACCAGCUAAAUUAAGUGUAGUUCCUCCCAUAGCAUUACAUAGUAUAGGAAAUGAUGAGGCCUGGGAAGCUGUUAGGCCAGUUGGAUGUAGUCCUCUUUUAGUUUUCGUUAAUAGUAAAUCCGGUGACAAUCAAGGCAUUAAAUUUCUUAAGAGAUUUAAGCAGUUAUUAAAUCCUGCACAAGUUUUUGAUCUUAUUAAAGGUGGACCUGGUCCAGGAUUAAGGUUAUUUCGUCAUUUCGACCCAUUUCGGAUUUUAGUUUGUAGUGGAGAUGGUUCUGUAGGUUGGGUUCUUUCAGAAAUCGAUCGAUUAGGAAUGCACAAACAAUGUCAAGUGGGGGUAUUGCCAUUAGGAACCGGAAAUGAUCUGGCAAGAGUAUUAGGAUGGGGUGCGUCAUGUGAUGAUGAUACACAUUUGCCACAAUUAUUAGAAAAAUAUGAAAAAGCAGGAACUAAAAUGUUGGAUCGAUGGAGUAUCAUGACAUUUCAACGUAGUAUAUCACUUCCAUGUUCUAAGUUAUCUCCGAAUCAAUCUGACUUGAAUAUUAGCUUGUCUAUGGUUCAACAGUAUGAAGAUAACGUCAUCUCACACAUCACUAAUAUCUUGCAGGCUGAUGAGAAUACAAUCAUUGUUUCUAGUGCAAAGAUUCUCUGUGAAACUAUUAAAGAGUUUGCAUCACGAAUUUUAGAAGCAAGUUCAAAUAUCGGGGACCAAAUUUUAGGAGAAAAGUGUGUAGUCCUUGAACAAAAGUUGGAUUCACUAUUGCAAACAUUAAAUAAUGAUUUCGUUGAGAUUGUUGACACGGAAACAAAACUAUUUGAAUCGGAAAAUUAUUCAUGUAUGAAAGACUUUGAAAAAGGUGUGCUUGAGAAACCGGAGAAAGAUAUUACAAAUUUAAAACGUGUUAGGAAAAAUAAAACUUUUAUAGAAAAAGACUCCGUAAUGGCACGAGCAAAUAGUUUGAAAAGAGCCAUACGUCAGUUGGUUGAACAAACAGAGCUUUUGAUUGACGAACAAAAAAACACAUCGAAAAAAUUCUCAACUAAAAUGCCAAAUAUUAUGAGUGUUUCUCAGGAUAGUCAGAUAUCGAGUUUGUCCGAAAGAAGUGAAGAAACAUUAGAAAAAAAUCUAAGUCUUGAGCAAGCAGAACAUUAUCAAAUUAAUAUGAUUGGCGAAGAAUUAUUAAUGCCACCUAACUGCAAUAGUAUCCUCUAUUGUCCAAGCCCAACGCCAAAUUUAGCGUGUUUAAGUCCAAUUCCAGAUAUCAGAAGAGACUCUCAAUCACCAGAUGAUUUAUUGACGCUUCCGGCACCAGAUGGAUUUGCUGAUAGCCGUAGAAACAGUUCGAACAUCGGACAAGAAACUUUUAAUUUCUGUCAUCAAGUGGAAAGUAAAUCUUUGGAAUGUGCGAUAUUUAAAUUGAGUGAGCAACAAUCUUCAGAAACGGUUAAAUUGGAAACUGAAGCGGAUAUUCAAGUCACUAUUACAAGUACUAGCAUUGAUUCAAGCACAAGAUCUGAUGAUACGACAAUACAGGAUAUUAUGAUAUCUCCGGAUUCAGAAACCAAUAAUUUUAGCGCCAUUGUUCAUAAGACAGAUUGCGGAAUAAAGAAUGAAGUAUCUAAGAGUAGUUGUAGCAAUAGUAUUGUUAGUUCUGAUAGUAUCAUUUCUGAUACACUGGAUUCAAAAAGUCUUGUGAUGAAGCACAGCGAGAGUGAAAUUGGCCAUGUAGACAGUGAUAUUCUCGAUUCGACGAAGCAAUCGGAGAGCUCGGAAAUAGGUCAUAUUGAUUCAGCGGAGAAUUCCGAAAUUCAAAAUUCUGAAAGUAUUAUUGAUGAUCUGAGUUCACUUGGCCAAGACUUAAUGAGUACAAUGCUUGGAGAGAAAUACGAUUCAGUUCGAGAAUGCAUUGAAACUGAUCAAAGUGAUAAACCAAAGAAGUAUUGCAGUUUAGCACAUUUUGUUGAAGGCAACGAUAUUUCAAGAAAGUCAUUUAAAAGACCUCCCAAAUAUCUUUCAACACUUAUGAAAGAGUCUGAAGAUAAACAAGAAGAAAAAAAAGGAAUAACACCCGAAGAUGAAGAUAAAAAAACGGAUUUAUUGUCCCCUGUUUGUUGUUUCACUGUGGCGUCAGAGGUAAUAAAGAAGGGAGAAAAUCCUCCUGUUAAUUUCCCACCAACGAUUAGUGUCAUUGUUGAUCCUCCAAGUCCAUCAAUGUCUAUAGAUAGUUGUUAUGUAGAACCGGAAAAUAAAUCAAAUCUCCUAAAUAGGGGAAGUAUGGAACGAUUAAGUGUAGAAUUACCUGAACUAGGAUUUUCUCCUCAAGCAACACGUCGAAUUAGCAGUGGAAGUCUUUUAAAAGCAUCUGAAGUAGUUACUUUAGCUGCCAGUGCAAAUAAAUUUUCUGGAUUUGGUGGAUCCAGUGUCAGUUUAAGACACGACCGUGCCAAAUCAGUAGAUAAAACAGAAGAUGUAAAAAAAUUGCCAAUUAUAAAUCCUCUAGUACAAUUACCAAUGUGGCCAAAUGUGAGUGGAGCUGGUGGAUUAAUUAGUCAGGCAUUGCUAGCGAAUGCAGAUGCGCUAUGUGCUGCUGUAUCUCCAUUGAUGGACCCAGAUGAAACUUUGAUGGAAGGAUAUUUUGAACGCUGUGUCAUGAAUAAUUAUUUUGGAAUAGGAAUUGAUGCUAAAAUAAGCCUUGAUUUCCAUCAAAAACGUGAAGAACAUCCCGAAAAGUGUCGGUCUAGAGCUAAAAAUUACAUGUGGUAUGGUGUGCUUGGAUCAAAGCAAUGGCUUCAAAAGACUUAUAAAAAUUUAGAGCAAAGGGUUCAACUUGAAUGUGAUGGACAAAGAAUACCGUUGCCUUCUCUUCAGGGUAUCGUUGUUUUAAACAUACCGAGUUUUAUGGGUGGAACAAACUUCUGGGGUGGAACCAAAGAAGGAGAUUUAUUCUUAGCUCCCUCUUUUGAUGAUCGAAUUUUAGAAGUUGUUGCUGUAUUCGGAUCAGUGCAGAUGGCUGCGUCAAGAUUGAUCAAUUUGCAACAUCAUCGAAUUGCUCAGUGUCAAACAGUACAGAUAAAUAUUCUGGGAGACGAAGGUGUACCUAUUCAAGUUGAUGGAGAAGCGUGGAUUCAGCCACCUGGAAUUAUUCGAAUUAUUCACAAGAAUCGAAUGCAAAUGCUUUAUCGUAAUCGGGCCUUGGAAACUUCACUCAAAACUUGGGAAGAAAAACAGCGAAGUAGUGGCAUGUCUUCUAUGGUUAAUCAAAUGACUUCCUCGAGUUUAAGUAGUACUACUAUACGGUCUCGAUCUGCCAGCCAAUGUGAUACUAAACCAAUUCAAUUGUAUGAAGAAGAGAUGAAUAUUCUCCUUGGUUUUAUCGAAGUUGUUACAACACUUGUAAAAUGGGUCAAAUUACUUAUAAUAUCCCAUCCUAGUCUUGAACCAGAUCUUUACCAAAUUGCUGGUAGAACUGCAAGUAACUUGGAAAAAGUUCAUCCGGAUGGUAAAAUUAUUCAAGGACCAAGUUUAAGACCAGUUGUUACUGAAUUGGUAUCCAGUGCUAGACAAUUGUAUGAAGAAUCUUGUGAGUUACUUCGUGACAAAGGACAAAGCCUGGUUCGUACCAAUAAAUUACGUGAAGAUCUAGAGAGUAAACUGUCACUAUCACUAGCGUCAAUGGAACAAGAACUGAAAAAAUGUAUAUUCGAUGAAGCCGGAACUGGUAUGGUUUAUCUACAGAAUAUAUCAUCCGAUGACCAGACGGAUAAAAAAAAUCGUCAUCGUGGAUUAUUUUGGUUAAAGUUUCGUCGCUCUGGAGCAGGAAAUUCAUCGUCAAGUCAUCCUCAUCUAUGUAGAGAUCAAGUUACACACUGGGGAGUUGAAGAUGUAUGUCUUUGGUUGGAGAAUCUUCAGCUUGGCGAGUACACUGAGCAAUUUGUAUCUCAUGACAUACGAGGCCGAGAAUUGUUAACACUUGCAAGACGAGAUUUGAAAGAACUUGGUAUCGUUAAAGUCGGUCAUGUCAAACGUAUACUUCAAGCUAUUAAUGAUCUCAAUAAUUAAUUAAUCAAUCUAUUAAUUGACAAUUGACCUAUUUGAUUCUAUUUACGUCAUUUAAAAUCUAUUAUCGAAUAAUUUUACUUAUUGAUUGUCAAUUCAACUAAAUAAUUGUUUAAUUAUCUAAUUAUUCAGUUAUUGAUCUAAGAAAUUUGAUUCAAGUUUUCAAUUUUUUAUGUAGUUAAUUAGCAUGUAAUAGUCGAUUAAUAUUUGAUUGAUUUAUUAUUUAUAAAUGUCUUUCUUCGGGUUUCUAUUUCUUAAAAUUUUAUAUUAAUCUCAAGAAUGUCUUAUGACUCUAACCACAUAAGCUAUAAGAUCAAGGCUGUGCUUAAAUGAUGCUGGCGAUAAUUAUAUAUCAUUCAAGCAUUUAUAAAAUGUUUGAAUUAAGACAUUUCUAAAAUAUACUCAUGGUAUUUAUGACGAACAUAAUAACAGUAUUACUAGACAUAGUUUAAAUAUUGACGAAUCUACAGAUCAACUUCUAAAUAAUUGAUGCUAUUCAAUUUUAACACAAUUUUUUAACAACUCUAUAACUUUCAAUUGUACAUAAAAUGGCCUUAGAUGGAUUUCAUUAAGUUGAUUAUGCUGAUCUAUUUUUAUAUGAUCUCAUUUAUUAUUUAUAUGACAUCAUGAAAGAGAGUAUGUUACGUUAGGUAACUGAUUUCCUACAAUUUUUUGUAUUUAUUUAUUUUUAUUGCUAUUUUUAAUCGCGUGCUUCCUCUUUCAUUACCUCCUAUAUAUUUAUUUAUUAUACUUUUUCAAUAUAACUUAUAUAUUUACCUUGGAUACUUUUUUUUGAUCCUUUUAAAAUCUAUUAUUAUUUAUAUACAAAAAGGAAACAUUUUACUUACAAUCAACAUAAUCGUGCACAAAUCAACAUUGGUAAAGAAUAAUAAUAAUAAACGAGAAAACAGUGUCUUAAAUAUUCAAAAUAAUUUGAGUAGUCAAAAUAAAUCUCUUUUCUUUGUUUUAUUGAAACAAAAUUUACAAAUUAAAA